AGAAACCUUGUCUUAUUAAGGGAUUCUAUCUUUUUGGCCCUAUAAAUUUCUAGCCAUCCAGUCUCACUGAAGCUGAGGUCUUUUCUCUGUUUUAAGAUCAUCUUCUUCUUGUUCUUUUUCAUUGUUGUCUUUGUUUUUUUUUCCUUUUUUCUUUUUUUCUUUUGGUAUAAGCUUUGGCCUCCUUUUCUUUGUGGUAGAUAGAAAUGGAGGAGAACCAGGUUAGAUUGCAGCAAGGGCCAAACAAGCCCAAUAAGUUGUUUCUCAUAUCACAGAUCUUCCUUAGGCUAAUUGCUUUAGGGGCUUCCUUGUCUGCAACUAUUGUCAUGGCCACCUCCAAGCAGUCUAUUAUUAUAUAUAACAUGCCCAUUACUGCAAAAUAUAGCUAUUCCCCUGCCUUCAGCUUUUUUGUUAUUGCAAAUGGGCUGGCAGCUGGGUACGCUGCGCUGUCGAUUCCCUUUGUGUUUAUUUUGAAUAACCCAAGCGUGGAUCCACGGAACCAUUUCUUCAUGUUCAUGUUUGAUUUGAUAAUGGUGUGUGUGGUGAUCUCGGGUUCAUCGGCUGCAACAGCUGUAGGGUACAUUGGUCGAUAUGGAAACGACCACUCGGGUUGGGGGGCCAUUUGUGACCACUUCACUACCUUUUGCAAUCAGGUCAAUUUGGCCCUCAUCUUUUCAUACACUGCUUUCCUCGUCUUCAUUCUCCUCACCAUUCUCUACACCAAUAGAAUGAGGGCUUCCAAUUAAUGCUAAGAACCCCGCCCCUAAUUACUUCAUUUAUGCUUUUUCAUCGGCAAACAGCUUGCUAUCAUGUACAAAUUCCGAAAUUUCGUUAAAAUAACGUAGAAAUAAGAUGGUUUCACCCAUGUACUUGAUGGGCAGAUGGGUGUGUGUAGCAGCAGCAGCAGCAGCAUGGUUUUAGUGUAAAAUACUAUAUUUAUUUGCAGACAAUCCCUUUCAAAAAUGGGUGAGGUUUGUAUAAGUGUCAACUUUAUACUAUUGAAAUAAGGUACACCAGACAACUUUG